GAUUAUUUAGGUCUGGACUAGACCCAGCGACGGCCAGCUCUUCCGAUUCCCAACUGACAAGACAAGAAACUGGCUGCAGCAACUUGUUGUAACCAAUCUUCAAUCGACCAGCAGAUUGACCCUGACAGACUUUCACCCACACUCACACAACACAACAACUCUCGCUUGAUACUCUCACUUAUUUAAAACAGUUUUCAGAUUCAGAUUGUUUUUUUUCUUUCUUUCUUUUUAAUUCAAUCUUCCUUAUCCCUCUCUCUCUCUCUCUUUAUUAUAUCCCUCUCCUUUUCCUUCGACUAGGCUCGAAUCGUCAUCCAAUCCACUUCUGUCUAAACACUACCACUGAUUAUUACAACAGAUAGAUAGUUAUAGUCAUAUAACCUAUUAACCCCCACCCAGAUAUCACCCCCCCUUCAGGUAGCCGGGUAGCUCCCCCUCCCCACCUCUCUCCCCCUUGUAAUUAAUUCACAGCAAACAAGAAUCAACAGCAACACCAACAACAAAAAAAAAAGAAGAAGAAAAUAGGACUCUAGCGUAAGCCAGGAUGGCUCAUCAUCACUCUGAACGUCAACCGCUCGAGGGCCUGCCACCCUUACCAAGCACUGACCCCACCAGCACCGGCACCGGCACCGGCAGCAGCACAGCCAAUCAGCCCAUCCCACCCUCCUUCGAUCCCUCGUUGGUAAACCCGCCUCCACCAUCGACCAUCGGCGACUCUGAUAGUGCCAAGGCCUCCAAGAGCUCACCCAGCUCCGAUCCGGCGAACAGCCCGACCAACGACCCCUUGAGUCCGCCCACCGAUCCGAACAACCCCGGCAAUUCAGGCUCCAGCACAUCCAAACCGCCCGAUCAGUCGCUCGGUGCACCCGCUCCGACCUCCUCUUCGCUACCCUCAUCCGAUCACAGCAAGCACCCCAACGAUCCCACCAGUCCUCACGACGGAGCUAGUACGACCCCAUCCGACUCGCCAUUACCCGGCUCGCCGACCUCCUCAAGCCCGGCCUCAGUCGCCUCGCAGCCCCCUCAGAGCCCGUCUGAACAAUCCCAAAACCCCUCCCAGACCAGUUCCGCCAGUCUGACCACCGCUUCAGCCGCCCCGGUACCCGCCUCAAACACAUCCUCCAAGCGUCCAAACCCAACCAGCCCCAUCCAGAGCGACUUGCCCUCUGGCCAGCCGAUCGCCGGAACUGUCAACCCUAGCACGAUCGACCAGGCCACCGGUGCCAAAUCAGCCGACUCCUCCGCAUCCCGCGCCGCCCGUCCUCAGCAGCAAAACUCCCACUCAGAUGACAGCACUGGCACCCACGUCGGUACCAUCAUGGGCAUCCUCGUCGCCGCCGUCAUCGGUGCACUCAUCCUGGCAGGCAUACUGGGCAUGAUCAAGCGUAAGAGGAGAGAAAGACAAAACCAAGCAGCUUUCCACCAAGACAUUUUUCAAGAGAAGAAUUCGUUUGAGCCUGAAAUGGAUCGAAAGAGUUUUGGCUCGGCGAGGAACCCUAUGAACACGGAAGGAAGUCGCAGCUUCAAUCCGCGUGGCGACGGGAUUUUCGGACCCCGUCCGCCUUCGAUCAUCGAGCGACACCAGGCCUCGCCGGCCAUCCCGGCGCCCAUGCCCAGCUACCAACCCGGCCAGGUGCUCAAUUAUCCCCACUAUCCCGGCCAACCGCAACAGCAGUCAUUCAACCUCCACCGACCCAAGCCUCCCACCUAUCACAGUGGAUAUCCUGAAGAAUCGGGUCUCGCUUAUGCCGCAAACCCGCCCGUAGAACCUUCUCCAAAUCCUCGUUCUAAUAAUACUCACGACCAGAAGCACGUAACACUUGAGAUGUCUCAUCAAGAUUCUCCUCAAUCUAACCGAUACGAGUACCAUGGAGGAAACCAGCACAUUCCGAUGCAAAACAUGACGGGACAUGGAACCGCAGGAGGGCUCAGUCCAUCGACGUAUCCAGUCACCGGAGGGGUGGUCAAUCAUCCGGGACCCGUGCCGAACUAUCAGCAACAGGUAGACCAGUUAGAUUUUUUUGGACAGCCCUCGCCAGCCUUGACGAUGGUAGGCCAUAUGACGACGGACUGGAACCAAGGCGGAUCGCCGCACGAGAAGCCCCUGGCCCCGCCUCCACUCAGCCCCAUCUCGAUGAUGACUCCACCUGCGCCCCUCCCGAGCGAGGAAGACCGUUCAGGAACACCAAUGAACCCUAACCUCCAACAAAGCUAUCUCGACUGCGACAGUAAGGUUUCCGAGCAUUUGCCCAUCAGCGACUCUCUCCCUCAUCCAUCCUCCGAUGACCAUGGUUUCCAAAGCGCACCCAUCAGCGGAAACGAGGACUGGAAACUCGCGAGCCCUCAUCUCUCUAGCCCCUUGGGCGAGAUGUUCAAGGAUGACGCUUAUCUUGGUGCUUCCAUCGAUCAACAUCAUCUUUCUGAUACCGAUCACAACAAACCUUCUGCUCAUUCCAGUCUCAAAGUUAUCAACCCUUGAGUGACUUCUUCUUUUUUUUUUCUUUCUUUUUACGUACCAAAACAUCUCCUUGAUUGGAUGACACUUUAUUUAUAUUAAGAAAAAAAAAACCAACCUGGCAUGUCUCUGCUUGGGUUUUUACUUUAUCCCAUUCAUUCAUUUUCAGACACCACCACUACCACCACAGAUUUAUUUAUAUAUUUACCCUUUCAUUUUUUACUUUUUCAUCUCUUUGUAGAUAUAUAUAUAUAUAUGAAUCCUGUAUGGAUUUAUUCUCAUUUACUUUUCUCUCUUGGUUGCCAACAACCCCUUUUUUUCUCUCAAGUACUUCAUUUGCUCCUAUUAGAUUUAACUAUUAGCUACCCCCCCCCCCCUCUCUACACAAACAAACAAACAAACACCAACAAGACUAUCCAACAAUCUUUUAUUCCUACACACCACACACUUCUCCUCUCUCACUCUCACACACUCAGAGACUUGCCAUAUUUAUUUAUGCAGAAUUUGUGUGGACUUGUUUUUGUUUUUUUUUUCUCUGCUUCAUCCUCUCUUCUCCUUUUUUUGUGUGAUUUCAUUACAUUGUCAUGUCACUCAUUCUUGGACAAAAAAAUGGAUGCUCGGGUCAUUCUUUUUUUUUCCUUUGAUGAUCUUAAGAAUUGUUUUUUUUCCUACAUUUUUUUUUUAAAAAAAAAAUACUAUUACUCAUUUGAAUGUCCUAUC